UAAAAAGCAACAACGUCACUUUUACUGCAAGGAUUUUCCAUUUCCAUUUGCAUUCCAUUUGUGAAACAUCAUAGAUUUUAACUUUAAAUAUAGUGUACAAAAUAAUUUCCAUAUCAAAAGUGAAGUGUUACUUACAGAGGAGAUAUCGCAAAGUUCACCUAACAUACGAAUGAAAUGCAUUUACACUGACAUAAGGUAAGCAAGCGCUCUUUGUUGUGUCGGAAUUUCUAGAGUGACCACGAUAAAGGCUGAGGAGUAUAGUGGCAGUCGAACCAUCUGCACCACUAUCAGCAACGCGAUGAGCUACUAUGCGCACAGUGGCGAUCUAGUAAAUCUAAAUGUUGGAGGACAGCGAUUUUCUACUUCACGCCAAACGCUGACGUGGAUACCUGAUACAUUUUUUACGGCACUGUUGAGUGGGCGAAUUUCCAGCUUACGCGAUGAAACUGGCGCUAUAUUCAUUGACCGAGACCCCACUUUGUUCUCAAUCAUUCUCAACUAUUUACGAACCAAGGAUAUCGAUAUCAAAAACUGUGAAAUACGCGCACUGCGGCACGAAUCUGAGUAUUAUGGUAUCACGCCGCUUAUCAAGCGUCUAGCACUGUGCGAAGACUUAAACCAUUCAUCAUGUGGUGAUGUGCUCUUUUAUGGAUAUUUACCACCGCCGUUGAUGCCUCACAAUGAUGCACUUAAUGCAACAGUUGUUUCGUCAGGCACUGCUGCCCCAGAAGAUCGUCCAUCUGCUGGCGCCGAUUUGCCCUCUUAUAGAACAUCCAAUAGUAGUGGUAUAAGUGCUGCGUGUGCAACCAACGCAUACAGUUCCACAGUCCCACAGGAACCUUGUUUGCCUUCGACUUCAUCAGGUUUGGUAUCGGGAUCACCGGCAAAUGCGCGUCCUGGAUCGAUGGUUCGCGUGCCCGAAACUGCUUCUGCAUCCAGCAGACACUCAUCCUCACAUUCGCGAAACUCUUCAUGGGAUUUGAGGUGCGGUCGCACAAACAACAAUGUUGGUGGUGAAAUACGUAAUUGGACUAAUGCCGGGUCCUCGUCGACACAUUCACGCACCGCUUCACUCGAUUUCAUGCGGCAUUCGCGUAAUUCAUCAGCCGAUCUGAAUAAGCUUAUACGAAACGAUGUAGGAUUGGUAUUUAGUCCCACAUUGAACUCCAACUGGGUCGAUCCAAUGCGUGUUCAGAUAAUUAAGGCGCACCAGAAUUGGAUUGCGGUGGCUUAUGCCCAUUUUGUGACUUGCUAUCGCGUGAAGGACUCAAGUGGUUGGCAACUAGUGUUUACGUCGCCCCAUAUAGAUUCAACUAUUGAACGAAUGGCGAUUAAUUCAAAAGUGAACACUUCUACGGCCGAACCAACUCCUAGCAAAAUGGUGGCAAUUUCAUACGGCAGCCAAAUACGUUUAUGGAGCAUACACGAGGGAGGGAAUAAGACCGAUAUUGGAACAUUCAAUCUGAAUGUACGAGUAGAAUAUUUGUUUUUUAUUGGCAGCCAAUUAGUGGCGUUGUCUUCGUCUGGAAAAAUAGGUGUGUGGCACGCCAUGACUCAGCACUGGCAGAUUCAAGAUUUGGUACCGGUUCUAUCUUUUGACUCAGCAGGAUCAUUUUUGCUGUUGGGUUGCAAUAACGGCUCAAUUUAUUAUAUAGAUAUGCAAAAGUUUCCUUUGCGCAUGAAGGAUAAUGACUUAUUAGUGACUGAAUUAUAUAAAGACCCGAUAUUGGAUCCCAUUACAGCUAUUUCUGUGUAUCUUACUCCAAAAACUUCAAGCAUAAGUGGAAAUUGGAUAGAGAUAGCUUAUGGCACGAAAUCGGGAGCAGUACGUAUUAUUGUACAACAUCCGGAGACCGCCGGUCACGGACCACAUUUAUUUGAAACAUUUAAUGUACACCAAAGUCCAGUAACCAAGGUUAUACUGCUGGAAGCAUAUCUGGUUUCCGUAUGCAAUGAAUAUCAUCACGUACGCACCUGGUCACUGACCCGCUUUCGUGGCAUGCUUUCUACACAACCGGGCUCCACGCCUGAGGCCUCCUUUAAAAUUGUAUCACUCGAAGCCACUGAUUCACAUUACAGCUAUGCGGCCGGUAACGAUUUUGGACCCUAUGGCUAUUACAACGAAGAUAUUUUUGUGCAAAAAGUAGUGCCUGAAACGGAUCAGCUUUAUGUGCGCUUGGCUUCGAAUGGUGAUCGCGUUUGUAUUAUAAAAUCAGUAGAUGGCUCAACUAUUACUUCAUUCUGCGUAGACGAGUGUGAAGUGUCAUCACGUAUGGGCUCACGUUUCAUUCUGACGGGUCACUGUAAUGGUGCCAUUCAAAUGUGGGAUCUUACAACGGCGUUGGCGUUAUUUUCGAAAGGUGAACCUCAGCAGAAAACAUCCGGCGGACCCGACACACAUGAGCUUCUCCGCCUACUUGACCAAUGUGAGAUCAGCAAUAGCCUCAGCUCAACGCCUUGUAUGUCACCGUGUCUAUCAGUGGUUGGAGGCGUGGCAAAUGCCACAAUAGCACGUAUGAAAUCGAGCAACGUAGCUUUGUUGAAUCAAUUGCACAACACGCAUCAGCAACAAGUUGCUCCACUGCAGCAGCAACCCCAAGCUCAAGUACAGCAAUCAGUUGUCAAUGCAGCAGUGCAACUGUUGCAGCAACAGCAGCCGCAACAACAGCAAUUGCAGCAAUUACAAACGCAACAGCAGCAACAACAACAUCCUCAACAGCAGCAGGGAGCGGCAAGCAAUGGUAGUAACGACGAAUGAAAUGCGGAAGCGGCGUGUGCAGUAGCAGCGGUAGCUAUUGCUGCUGCUGAGGCGGCGUUGGUCGGGCGCGUUUCAUCGUUUCUCACAUUUAGCUUAGAGUUAGAGUACAUUGUCGAAAUGCUGCAAAUACUGCUCUGCUCGAUUAUAUAUAUUUUCAUAUUACGGUAUACGGCGGCAACUACGGUGCGACGUCCUUAAACAUACCAUGUCUUGCCCCGUGUCUGGGGAAGAGGGUGGAGAAUGUAGGUAAAGGGACAACCCCUUCUUCAUUUUUGUUGUCUAGAUGUUAUUUAUCGAGUUUUUAUGUCUCAUGGUUUUUAUACAUAUAUUUCCUUAGUUUUCUCUAAGUGAUUUUAAAUGCGCUUCGCGACAAAUCAUUCGUACAAUAUUUACUUAUACAAUCACUACAUACAUGUUUGAGAUUUAUUGCGCACAGAUUUGCCCGAAAUAUAUCGAAAUAUACACAUAAAAA